AUGAUUGCGAAAUCACUGACAACAGUCGCCAUUAUUGGAGGCGGACCCGGGGGACUUGCUACUGCCAUCGCGUUAUCUGAGCUUCCAUCUUUUCAUGUGACACUUUACGAGCAAAGCCCCGAGCCCCGAGAAGCUGGCGCUGGGAUUAGCUUGAGCACGAAUGCAUGGAAAAUCCUGGACCUUCUUGAAGCAAGUGACGGAGUCAAAGGAGGGCCACAAGCAAAUACUUACCAGAGAAAUGGCCAUACUGGUAAGGUUCUGAGACUUCAGGAGCAGCCGGAGAAUUCAGCUGGUGAUGUCCGUGGAUCUAUCCGGGCCCGCAGAACUCGUCUUCAGUCAGCUCUCCUGGCUAGGGUGCUUCCCGACACCAUUGUUUAUAACAAGAAGCUUGUGUCAUUGGAAAGUGUCCCGGAUGGUGGAGUGCGUUUAAAUUUCAAAGAUGGAACAGAAGUGAUUCCGGAUCUUGUUGUUGGCGCUGAUGGCAUACGCUCGAUUGUUCGACGAAUCCUCUUCCCCAACCAUGAACUUCACUUCACGGGCAACACGGCUUGGCGUGUACUUAUUCAAAAGUCAUCUCUCACCCAUAUCCCAGAUGUCACUGAUGCGACUGCCUGGUGGUGGGGCCAAAAUGGUCACGUAUACUUCUCUGAUGUCGAUGAUGAAACGGAAAAUCCUGAUCCAUAUUUCGAGAUAACGGUGCGAUCAUACACAGAGCCCGAGGCUCCUGGGUUGACGGUUCCUUGGGGAAUAUCGGCUACCAAUGACAAAGUGGCAUCACGGGUGUCGAAAUUCGAUAAGCGAGUAAGGGAUGCGGUUGCGGUUGUUCCCGAGGGACACUGGAGGGAGUUUGCUGGAUAUGCCGGACCUCGCCUAGAACGUGCCUUUGGAUCCGGAGCAACAUUUGCCAUGGAGGAUGGAUGGAUUCUGGCACGUGCCCUCGAGGAAAAGAGGUUGUCGGAUAGUCCUAUUCAAGGUGCGCUCGACAUUUUCGAUCGUAUCAGGAGCCCUUAUUAUCACAAAAUGUACGAACACAUCGACAAUAAUCACGACAAAAUGCAACAGCAGACAAAAUUGAAGACACAUAACCUUGAUGAAUUUCUGCAAGCUAGAGUCGACAACAUUCUGGGUGGUAACAAGGACUUCAUCUACAAGAACGACAUUCGGAAGGUCUGGGAGGACUACGUCACAGCCUUGGCAGUUGAAAACUAA